AUGUCACUUCCAGACGACGUAUCUGAAAAGAUGAUUUCUUAUACAGGAUUAGAGAUCCAAGAAAUGAGAGUUCUCAAGGUCAAAGAUAUUGAUGACGAUGACAAGCUAAUCUUUCGAACUCAUAUAAACAUUUUUUUCAAAUAUUUUACUUCACAGCUUAAUGAUUCCAAUUGUUUCACUAGAAAAAAAUUGCAGAAUCAUGUACUCAAGUUCAACGCCAGUGAAGCUAAAGUCGAAGAUAAUUGGUGGACUCAUCAAGAUGAUUACAAGACUGGUUAUAAUAAUUACAUAUAUGGUGAAUUUGAUAAUAAUUCUGCAAUUAAUUUAGUGGACUUGUGCUUCCAUUUUGUGAAGAAAGUUUUAAACACUUGUGAUGAAAAAUUGGUUACAAGAGAAGAUAUUGCUGGUGUUGUUGCCAGUAAAAUUAACAAUGAAGGGGAAAUCCCAGUUGAUGAAAGAAAUAAAAUGAUGCAUUCAAAACUAUAUGAACGCGGGUGGUACUCAAAUUAUAGAUUUCCAGAAUUUAACGCUUGUGUUCAACAAUCAGGUAUUGCAUUAAGUGAAUAUUUGAAUCAGACAAAUUUCUUUGAUACUUUCAUUAAUGAAAAACCAUUUGAUGGCCCACUUAACUGUGGGUUUGUUGACGCUUUCAUAAGCUAUCCCCCUAGUGUUCAGAAACUGACUGAGAACAAGACGGAAACUUUACCUGAUUACUACGUUGACCCUAAAAGCAUUCCAAUUUUUCAAGAAUAUGUCAUUAGCUCAACUUGCUUCAGUAUUGAGACCGGUGUUGGAUAUUUCAAUAAACCAGCUAAUUCUACGAGCAUCAUGAUUCAUAAACUUAUUGGAGUAGAUACUAAGGAUUGCAUACAAAAGAUUGAGUAUAAUUUGAAGUUUCAAAAUGAAUUUACAGUUUAUAAUAAAUACCAAGUGCUAGAUUUUGAAACUUUUCAACAAAACAAGUUUGUGUUGACAUUGUCAAAUGAAGAGAGUAUUUUUGAAGUACUUAAAGCUCUUAGGAAGCUCCCACCAAAUGCUUAUAAAGAAUAUAGAACUACAAUAUCUUUUUGUCAAUUGGUUGAUAAAGAUGGUCGUGAUUUUGAUUUAACAUUGAUUAAAGAUUUAAGUGCAGAUUUAAGAAAAGUUUUGUGGGAAUGUUUCAUUGGACCAAAUACAAAGAAUUCCUAUUUGGAUGAUUGGAGGAUACAGAUCAUUAAAUCCAGGGCUAGAGUUCAUCUUUUGCCAAAAGGAUCUUUUAAUAUAUCAAAAAAUGAUGAAACUUUAGUUGUGAAUAAUUCACAUUCACUAGUAUAUGAAGAAGCUAUUGAAAUGCAGAAUGGUAAUGAUUUUAAUUUAGCUCAAUGUUUAGAUCAAACCAACAUUUUUGAAAUUUUGAACACUCAAGAUCGGUGUUUUGAAUUCAAUCCGAGUAAAUGCGGGAUUGUUGAUGUUUUCAAAGGCUAUAUUCCUUCUAAUGCUCAAAACUUGACUACGAAUAGAAUAAGUACUUCAACUAAUUACUAUAAUGUCCGUAAAAACGUUCCAAUUUUUCAAGAAUAUGUGAUUUGUUCAUCUGAAUUUGUUAUCAAGACUGGUACUGGUGUUAAUGAGGAAUAUUCCAAAAAACCAACUUCUACUAGUAUCAUGAUUCAUAAACUUAUUGGUGUUGACACCAAGGAUUGCAUACAAAAGAUUGAGGAUAAUCUGAAGUCUCAAAAUGAAUUUUGGGUUUAUAAUAAACACGAAGUAUUAGAUUUUGAAACUUUUCAAAAAAACAAGUUUGUGUUGUCAUUGUCAAAUGAAGAGAGUAUUUUUGAAGUACUUGAAGCUGUUAAGAAUUUGCCGCCAAAUGCUUAUAAAGAAUAUAAAACUACAAUAUCUUUUUGUCAAUUUGUUGAUAAAGAUGGUCGUGAUUUUUGUUUGACAUUGAUUAAGGAUUUAAAUGCUGAUUUAAGAGGUGUUUUAUGGGAAAGAUGCAUUUAUACAAUAAGGACUGCAUCUUUGGAUGACUGGAGGGAGCAGCUCAAAUUCAGGACUAGAAUUCAUCUUUUGCCAAAUGGAUCUUUCAUACCAAAUAAUAAUAAUGGUGGUGAAACAGCUUUAGAUGUGAAUACUCCACCUCCAGUUUACGAGUAUUAA